AUGUCCCUCACUCUCACCCUCGACCAGCCCAGCGCUGACGAGCAGAUCCGCACUUGGACGCGCACACAUCCUGCCUGGGGAGCCUCGUAUCCGCUCGACAAGUACCUCGAGCGUGAGCGCCAUCUCCUCGACGUGCCCCUCGCCCGUGAUGGCGGAAUCACCCAGUGGAUCCUCACCGAUCCUUCCCUCUCCCACGCUGACGACCAGCGUCCCGUGCUAUCGUCGUGCGAGACUCUGCGCAAGGCAGCCUUCGUCAGAGGUGCCGAUGGUGUCGUACAACGCGUCUGGGCCCACGGCGUCGCCAGCGUUUUUACCUAUCCCGAAUUUCGAAGCCAGGGGUACGCCAGGACGAUGCUCGAGCUCAUCACUCAACGUCUCACCCGGGAGGAGUCCGAACUCCCCGGAGAUGCUGCCUUUUCCAUCCUCUUCUCCGACAUCGGAAAAACGUACUAUGCGGCGCUCGGGUGGAAACCAUACGAGAGCGCCCACCUGUCCUUACCCGUCAUGGCGACCAACACCACGACCGGCGACGACUCCGCUUCGCGGACCGCGCUGACUCUCAUCACCGACGAUAAUCUUCCUGCUCUUGCUGCACGGGAUGAAGAGCUGCUGCAUCAGAAGCUCUCCCGUCCACCGCACGACCCGAGUAAGACCAGGGUCGCCAUCAUUCCGGAUCUCGACACAUUCCAAUGGCACUUUGCUCGUGAGGUUCACAUGUGCCAGCACCACUUCUCUCGGGCGCCCACCGUCCAUGGUGCCAUAUACACGCCGCCAGGGGGGGCAUCUGAUGGUCAGCGCGUCUGGGCUGUUUGGUCCUCCACCCAGAACGGCGGCAAGGAGAAGCCGGAAAAGAACGUCAUGUACAUUCUGCGGUUCGUCGUCGAGGACCAGCGCAUUUCCGACGAGGAGCUAUCCGUCGCCUUCAAGAACAUUGUCAACGUGGCGAAGCGUGAGGCCCGAGAGUGGCUCUGCACCUCCAUCGACAUGUGGAACCCGGACGAGAGGAUCAAGGCCCUCGUUUCCGGCAUGGCUGACUUGCAGGCCAAGUUGGUCGUCAGAGAAAACGACAACAUCCCCAGUUUGCGAUGGCUUGGAGAUGCGUCCGCAUCGGACAUCGAGUGGCUUGCGAACGAACGCUUCGAAUGGUGCUAG